AGAUUUUAAUACACUUUGUAAAUUUACAAUGGAAAGUUUGACAAAUUUCAUUGAAAGCUGAGUUUCUUUCCACAAACAACAGGUCCAACAAAUCUUCUCAGAUCUUCUCGAAGAUUCACCCAAACUUGUCUUCAGACCAGUUCCUCCGAAAUCAAAACUGGCUGAUGCAGAGUUUUGAGUUUCGACUUCUUUCUUUCUCACACUCAUCAACAAAGCAAACACCCAGAUCAAGAGCCUAGAAGAUUUAAAGCAAACUGACUUGAUCAGUUUGGGAGGCUUCGUUGGCGCAUUCACGAUGUAUCUGGAUUCUGAACUUCAGUUCUGUGAGAACUUGGACUGGGUUCUAUAUUUUCAGCACAACAACGGAUUUGUCAAUGUUGUUCUUGCAAACAACUUAGUCUUUGAUCGUUUCAUCGAUUUCACAAAAACCAGCAAACACACUACAGAAACCGCCACUCCACAGUGCAAGUGAGACACUUUGGGACAUGUCGAGUCGGUCUUUGUUGAAAAGUUCGGAACUCCCAGACAAAGCUGCAUGGUGCAGGGAGCCAAAGGGAACCUCACUCUGACAGAUCCCCAACUCAUCGAGGACUACAGAGUUUGAGUAGGAGCACACCUGCUGAUUCUGUUUGUGUUCCACCUUGAUGUGAGAGACUACAACAACCUGAAAGGAAAGAUUUUACCACCGAAGCUACAAGGACACAAAAUGGGAAUCUUCGCAACAAGGACACCUCACAGGUUCAACCCGAUCGGACUCAGCAUUUGCAGAGUCGAGCAUAUCGAGGAUAACAGAGUGGUCAUAUCCGGAGUUGACUUGGUCAACCUGACACCUGUGGUUGGACUCUCUGUAUACUCUCAUGACCACAGAGUUGAUAAGUCUGUACUCAAAAUACCAGAGUGGCUCGAAGACACAAAGACAUCCCAAGUCAAAGUCAAAUUUGACCAACAUGCAGCAGACCAUCUCCAGAACUAUGUUACCAGGAUAUCUCAAAAUUGCACCCAGAACCACUUCGAACAGUACAGAGAAACUAUCCAGAACAUUCUGGAGCUGAACCCACACACAGUCAGCACCAACAAGAAACUAAACUUGGAGAUUGUGUAUGCAAUCCAACUCGAUCUCGGUACAAUUGAUCAGGACACCACACAAGUCAGCUCAAGAAGUGAUGGAUCCAAACCAGCAGACAUCGAAGAAACCAAGCGAUCCACCCAGAAAGGAGUCAUAAACCUGACUCACCAACAAAUCAAAGAAUGUGAAGAACUCCGAAGACAUGAAGUCAAAUUUGUGAUGGACAUGGCCACAGUUGGAAGGCCUGGAAUUUCAUAUCUAUUUGCAACACACCACUCGCUUUCAGACGAGUAUUACGCAGAAAGACACAGAGUCAACCAUUUGUGGGGAUACACACACAAGCUCUACCAGAUGGAACACGAAGUGGGCAAGCCUCCGAAUCUGACAGCUAAUUACCAAGAUAGAUAUGUGAACUUGGAGCCAAUAUCGGUUCAGGACUUAAUCAAUCAUAAAUAUCCAAUUAUUUUGGCUAAGAAAUACAAGACAUCUGAAGAAGGAGAAUUAAAGAACCCUGAAUAUAUUUCAAAUAAUGGAGAAGGUUAUAAAUACAAAUUUAUGCGCUUUAACAGUCUCAUAGUACGUGGAAUCUUUGAUCUAAACAAAUGUACUAAGGUAGAUGACUUUGAUUGUAAUAUCAUUCACUCUCAUCGAAUUCCUCCUCUUGAUCUUUUUAAAAAUUUAUCAGAUUUCCAAUAUAUUAACAGGUUCCCAUUUUCAAAUCUUAUUUCUGGGAAAUAGCAGAGCCUAUGAGAAUUAUAUCAAAAUGAAAGUUAAAUUCAGCGAUGAAUAUGAUUAUUAUCCAAACUCUAUUAUCUUUCCAGAUUGAUAUGAUGAAUUCACAGAAAAACUUGAAAGAUUAAAAGAAAGAGGGCAUCCAGAUAAAGAUAAAUUAUGGAUUUUUAAACCAUCCUUUGGCUCUCAAGGAGAGGGGAUAUUUAUCUUCAAUGCUAAUGAUUGGAAGACAACACCUCUAGCAGCUUUCAGAGACAGUAUUUUUAAAUCUGAUCCACUAAAAUUUGAGAUUCCAAAUAAAAGAUUGAAAAACGUUCCAAAAGAAAUCACCAAGGCGGUGAUAAGCGAAUAUAUCGAUAAGCCUUUGCUUUAUAAUGGAAGAAAAGCUAACCUUAGAAUAUUGGCUGUUGUUACGAGCUUUAUCCCUUUAAGGAUUUAUGUUCAUAAAGAAAGUUGCAUGAGACUCAGCACUGAACAAUACGGAAGUGAUUAUACAAACUCAGAAGCACAUAUAUGAAAUUUCACUGAUAUGAUUGAAGAGGAAUAUGAUAGCAAUGAUGAAGAAGAUAGAAGACCUACCACAUCUUCUUUUUCGGCUUUCUUUGGAGAUCUCAAAGACCAAGGCGUGGACACUGAUCUUCUUUGGUCUCAAAUAUAUGACAUCAUCAUCAAAACGAUUUUAACAAUGGAAGAUGAAACAUCAGGCUUUUUAAAGGAAAACCCAAAGCUGAAUCAAAAUCUUUAUGAACUUUUUGGAUUUGAUAUUCUGAUUGAUGAUCAGUUAAAGCCUUGGUUUUUAGAAGUUAAUUUAUCUCCAAACCCAAAAAUUUCAUCAAAUUUAAAUGGCAAAAUCAAGACUAAACUGUAUAGCGAUUUAUAUAGCCUAGUAGGCUUCAAGAAGUUAGAAACUGGAACUCCAGUAUCUGAAAUCAACAAACUUGCUCUAUUGGACCCUAAAACAGGUCUCUAUGCACAUAAAGAUUCAGGCUCUUCUGAAGAAAUUUCAUCUGAACCCAAUCAAACAGUUUUGAGAUUCCAUGAUUUGACACUUACUGAUGACCAGAAACAACAAGUUCUGACAAACAUAACUGAUGACCCAACUUUAACGGAGCAAGACAAAGCCUUCAUGAGUCGGUUGUUCAACAAUCCUUCCAAAGCACAGAUCCUCGAGUCUCUAGCUGAGUUCCAGCGACAAAGAGACUUCAUCAGGAUUUUCCCAUCUAAAGGCACUGACUAUUACUUAGACAGGUUCUUCACCCACGACUUGCAAGCCAACAGAGACCUGUACUCUUUUCUGUACGAAGACCCUCACCCAGAAGUGCCUCCAGUCAACAGCAGUGUGCAGGUGGUCUACAAGUACAAAGUGGAGCAGCAAGAAAUCAGAGUGCUGGGAGUACACUCCAAGUCAGACUUCGAAGCCAAAGAAUUGUUUGAACACAAGUUGAGGUCAGCGGAAUGGCACAAAACAGCAUUGAAAAUCUUUCCAAAUAUCUAACUUUUUGAUUCAGCAUUAAAA